AUGGCUUCCGGACAUACUUCAGCAUUCUCAGCGUCAACCCAGCACCGCGUCUUGGGUGAUGGACGCUCCUCAUUCAGUCAAGAUGGUACCUCAGUGGAUGGAAGCUAUGCCGAUGGAGCUUCCCGAUCGGUUCGCAACGGACGUUCAGGCUCUGGGGGCAGCAUGUCUACAGCUCCCCGUGGAGCAUCACUGGCCCCAUCGUUUGGGGGCCCAGGUAGCUUCAGCGCGGAGCUCAAAAGCAUGCAUUCCCGCAGCAUUACACCUCGACCCGAUGGCACAUAUACAAGACGAGCGAGUCGAUCGAUCGGCGAAGACGAUUUUCCGACAACCGAGGAGCGCCAGGCUACCAAAGAGCAGCGCCUUAGAGUGGAAUCGGAACUGAGCUCAUCGAAUCGGAAACUAGCAGAGCUGCAAAAUGAAUUGGAAGAGGAGCUUCUACGUGCGCAGGCGCCGUCCUCUACCCCUCCGCGCAGUCGACUUUCCAGUCUAUUCCGAGGAAGCCCUAUGCGCUCACCAACACGGAAUAACAUUAACACCGGACCCAUGGAUGAGGAGGAGGAAGGAGAGGGUGACAUGGAGUCGCCAACUUAUGUACUCACAGAAGCCCUUCAAGAGCUCGAGGUUGAGGGAAUGUCGCCCGACUUCUAUGUUGAGCACGCGAACAGCCUGGUCGAGCUAUUCAAACGAUACCCAACCUUGAAGUAUGAUCUUGCGUGGUCUGUAUUUGGGCUCCGUGUCCAGGUUAUGCUUCUUAGCGAUAGCAAAGAAGUGGUGGCUGCCGGUUAUCGGUUGACUCGUUACGCCAUUGCAGAUCGCAAAUCUCUUCAGACUAUUCGAGCGCUACACACGGAUGAACUUGUGAUAUUGUCACUUGUCAAAGAGACCAAAGCAAGCAUUGAAAGGGAACAGGCACUGAAGUUUGUACGCGCUUUCCUCGACGUCAAAGACGGAGUGAAGGAAAUUUCUCGUGCCAUUGUCAGAACGAUCGUCUCCAUCGCAGAGCAUCAUGAAGAUCGCUUGCGAAAUAUUUCAAUUAUGACUUUGGCAGAGAUAUUAGUCAAGGAUCCUGAACUUGUUGCCUCUGCCGGUGGUUUUGCUGCUUUGCAUGAUGCCUUGUCGGAAGGCACAUUUGGCGCUUCAGAGAGUUUGAUCUCAAGUUUUUUGCAUGUCCUUGAUACCCCGUACAGCCGAAAAUACCUACAAGGCUGCGAACUAGAGGCUGUGCUUACACCUUUUACCGACUCAUUAGCAGACUCCUUGCGCAAUGGACGCUUAAAGUCCGCCGCUCGGGCCAUCUCUGCUAUGCUGAAGACCUGGCCUGGGUUGGUGAUCCUUGCAAGACAUGGGGCAAAGCCUUUGCGUUCUCUGCUAGAAUCACUCCAGUACCCCGAUCCUCAAGCUCGCGAUCUCAUUAUGGAGCUGCUGUUUGAUGCAUUGCGAAUCAAGCCACCAUCUUGGUCGUCCUCUUUCCUAGCGGGCAGGAGGCUGACAACCUACGGUCGUGUCUCAAACCUGAGAUCUGAAACCGAAACUAAGUAUCAACGUGGCUUUACCGAUAGUGCUUCAAAUAAGUUUGAUUUGACUGCCCACUUCUCUACUCUCAUUCUGGCGGCUCUAAUCGCUGCGGGCUUACCAAAGGCUCUUUCGGAUCUCAUCGAAGACGAACCAGACUUGUCUCUCAGACGCAAAGCUACUCUCCUUUUGACAGAGGUCUUGAAAUUGGCACAUCACUCACUGCCAGCAACUGUCAGCGCAAAGUUGCAAGUACUACCACAUUUACUCCCGGCUGCAGUCAAAUUCGAGACAGAGAAUCACGAUGUUUCAACAUCAACUAUUUUCCAAAUUGAAAGCAUUAACCGCACAUUGGCACGCUCUGUAGCUGUCCCCAAUGGCGUAGGCCGUUACAAUGUUGAUACGGACAUAUCGGCUUCUCUACUUCCAGGCGAGCAAAGCAAAGAUAAGCUGAGUCCCUCCAUGGAUGAAACGCAGUUUCGCAAUGCAAUUCUGGAGACACAUGUUUUGAAUACUGUCAAUUAUAUCAAGUGGAAGUGGGAUCUCAUCCACCGUCUCGUUGAAGGCCCGCUCACGAAUCCCAAGCGAAUGGACGAGGCUAUCAAGGGCUCAAAAUUCAUGAAGCGCUUGAUUGGAUUCUACCGACCCUUUAAGUACCGAUACUCCAUGGUUCCGAACACAAAACCAAAUCAACGAUAUGUACGAACUGGCUGUGCUCUCAUGCGGACUCUCGUUCAGACUCCAGAGGGCACCAAGUAUCUUGCCGAAAAUAAGUUCCUGCGACAGGUUGCCGAAUGCCUGGCACAACUGGAUCGUAUGAGUGGGCUGACAUCUGCCUCUCCGUUGUUCUCACGAGAACAAAUGGGCAACACCAUGAGUGGUGGAUAUUUCGCGAUGCUAGGCACAUUGAGUGCUGACGCAAACGGACUUCUCAUGAUGGAACGAUGGCACAUGCUCAACAUGUUCUAUCACAUCAUUGAACUGCAAGAUCGGAAUGAUCUAAUUCAAACCCUUUUGGGCAAUAUGGAUUAUAGCCGAGAAAGUCAUCUUCGAGUGAUGCUGUCAAAAGCUCUCACAAUUGGCUCCAAGGAGAUCCGUAUCUUUGCAACCAAGCUGCUCCGAAAAUAUGCUGUUGGAGAUGCUAUGAUAUCCUCGCACGUUGCCAUCGCCAAUGCGGAGUGGGUAGUGAAACUUCUUGUGACUCAGCUUUACGAUCCCGAUGUCACCGUUUGCCAGGUUGCUGUGAAGAUCCUUGAAGAGGCGUGCAACCAGCGUGACUAUCUCGAAUUUGUGGUUAAAUGUCGCCCUUCACUUGAUCAUCUGGGCGAAAUUGGUGCACCACUCCUCUUGCGAUUCCUUUCUACCUCCGUUGGCUAUCAUUAUCUUGACGGCCUGGACUACAUCACACAAGAGAUGGAUGACUGGUUUCUUGGUCGAAACGAUUCUUACGUAGGCCUUGUGGAAGCAGCUCUAUCCCGAGCCUAUGUUGAUCAACCACGACGGAAUAGCUUUGCGCCAGAGGAUUUGGUUGACAUGCAGGAUCUCGGAGUAGUUCCACCUCAUUUCUACCGCGAGCUUGCACGCACCGCUGAGGGAUGUAAGUUGCUCGAGCAAUCCGGGCAUUUCAAUGAAUUUGCUUGGACAAUCCGUGACUUCCGCUUGGACGAGGAAGAGCACGAAGCGCUUCUCAAAGUCAAAGGAUGUCUUUGGGCCGUGGGCAAUGUCGGAUCAAUGGAACUUGGUGCAAUUUUCCUCGAUAUUGAGAUCGUGAAACGCAUUGUCAUGAUUGCGGAGAGUGCCGGAGUAUUGACCAUGCGAGGAACUGCUUUCUUCGUCCUCGGAUUAAUAUCUCGUAGUCGGCAUGGACUCAAGGUUCUUCGCGAACUCGGAUGGGACUCUGCUAUCGAUCAAGAAGGUGACUCCUUAGGUCUUUGUUUGCCGACUGAUUUCCGGAAGUUGUUCUUGAUCUCCUUCCCUGGCUACAACCAAAAAUCAAGGCGGACGCCACAAGACACGCUCAAGGAGGCCACAACUGAUCCCGAUCCCACGAACCAGAAAAUUCUGAAACACAUCGUCGACAUGGGAAACACUGUUCUAUCCAAACGAUCCGCAACGGACCUACACAACUUGAAAUCCAAGCAACCUGAACGAUUUCACCAGGUCCACCUUUUCCGAAAGGCUCUCUGCAUUCUCGAGAGUCACCACUUCCGCUUACCAGCGCGAAGGUUUGCACUGGAUCUUUUUGAUAAGAGUGUUAUGAGGCGCAUCGUUCUCGAGGAAGAUUCAGAAUCUGAUUCGGAUUCGUCCGUCUAG